GCAAUUUAUCAAUAAAAUAGGCAUUGUGAUAUUCCAAACGCAAAGUACAAAAAUCCCAAUGAAUAUGUGGCACACAAGAAAUGAAUUACUUCAACAUAACCUUAUUUAAGUUUAUGAAUGUAAUAAAACUUUAUUUGUAAUCAAUAAUCAAGAAUGAGGCAGAAGUUUCAACAGUAUUAUGUUUAGAGAGUAUGUGCAUCUAAUAAUUUUAAAAAUAUAAGUGGUUAAGGUUAAGCAUAGAUACCUAAUCCCAACAAUGAGUCAUAUGUCACCAUUCCGUAUGAAUGUUCCUAACAUGGACCUACCAAGUAGUGUAGCAAAUCCCAAGAAAAGGAGAAAAAAUGUACAAAAUUCUGGGCCACCACCAACUAACAUACAAGAUUUGCUACCCCCUCCAUUAUCUGGUUAUGGAGAUACUAUUGUGGCAUCGAAUCCCUUUGAUGAUUGUCCCAGUUCCAUGGGACACCAUACCAUGGGUAUGGUAAGAAAUUCUGGCCCUAUGGGAAUGGGUGGUCCAAUGCAAGGACCUCCACCUGGUGCAAACAUGCCUGGAAUGCCUCCAGGUGUAAAUAAUAUGAAUAUGUGUGGACCUAUGGGACCUAGAAUGGGUAUGGGCUCCCCAAUGAUGCAUAGUCCCAAUGCACAUCCUAAUUCAAUGAUGAACAGUCACAUGAUGAUGAAUGGACCCAGGAUGCAACACAUGGGAGGACCAGGACCUGGUGGGCCAGGACCUGGAGGUCCAGGUCCAGGACCACAUGGUCAUGGGGGACCACAUGGCCAUGGACCACCUCACAUGAUGGUAAGUCCUAAUGGACCCAUGCAUGGAAUGACCGGCCCACCAAUGCACAGUCCAAUUGGGGGAAUGGGACCAAUGCAAGGACCUGGAGGAAUGGGACCUGGUCCCAAUGGACCUAUGGGAAGCCCAAUGGGUCAUGGAGGGCCAAUGAAUGGUGAUAUGCACAACCCCAUGAAUGGUCCACCAAUGGGAAACAAUGGUCCAAUGGGAAAUAAUGGACCAAUGGGGAAUAAUGGACCAAUGGGAAAUAAUGGACCAAUGGGAAAUAAUGGACCAAUGGGCAACCAUGGUCCAGGAGGAAUGCCAAUGACAGCCCCAAAUGGCCCCAUGAGUGGUCCUCCACAGUCCAUGAAUAACAAUAAUUUUAUGAUGUCACCUAUGAAUAAUAUGUAUUCAAAACCAAUGCCUGUGAGUGCAGGAAAAAUUUACCCAUCUGAUCAACCAAUGGUUUUUAAUUCUCAAAAUCCAAAUGCACCUCCAAUUUAUCCUUGUGGAGUCUGCCACAAAGAGGUUCAUGACAAUGAUCAAGCAAUACUAUGUGAAAGUGGAUGCAACUUUUGGUUUCACAGGGGAUGUACUGGUUUAACAGAGGGGGCCUAUCAAAUGCUAACAGCUGAAGUUUAUGCAGAAUGGGUAUGUGAUAAAUGUCUCCAUUCCAAAAAUAUACCUAUGGUUAAGUUCAAGCCAUAAAUAAGCUAAAUUAUGCAAUUAAUAUCUUUGAAGACUGAAGACACCCUAAUCUGGACCUGUUUGUUAACUUAUUUAUUUUCAUUUUUAUGUAAUCUCAAAUUAUUAGUUUAGGCAUAUUAUUUUUAACCAGUGUAUUAUCAUGUACUAAAUUAUUUAUUUUGCUUUUUGUGUAAUAUUUUAAACCUAGGAUUUAUAACUGCCAGUUUUAGAUGCCGUCACUAUAAUAAUUAUAUAAAAUGUACAUAUUAAAUUCAAAUUAAUGCUAGACCUGUAAAUAUUAAAUACGCAUAGAUUUUAGACAAUUCAAAACAUUUUUAGCUUAAUUUAGUCUGUAAAUAUCCAUUUGUAUAAAAAAUAAGAAAUAUACUCGUAUAUUAAUAAUAUUCAAAAGUACAGUCAUGGCCUUUUUUAAAUUUGUUCUUAUAGUUCCACAACAUAAUAAUUAUUAUUAUUAAUAAUAAUAAAAACAGUUUAUUUGUCUCAAAAAACUAAAAUGUUUACAGAGAGACACCUCUCUGCCAUGAUUGUACACUAUUUUAUAAAAAUAAACAUUAGUACACUUAAUAACACAAUAGAUCUUAUAUAACAGGCAAUUUUUUUUUAUAUUAACCGCUUUAUUAUUAUUAAAAGGUAAGGUUUUUUUGCAUUUAUAUGAUUAAAAAACGUUUGUGUAAGGAGUAUAUUAUUAAUAUCAGGACAAAUACGAAAACUACUGAAAAUAACCCAAAUAAAAACAAUUGGUUUAAUAAAAUAAUCUCUGAAUUAUAUGUGUGAUUAAUCAAAUAGGUAACAAGUUCACACAAAAAGUUGCUCAAUUCAUAUAAGAACCCGUCACCUAUACAUAAAAGUAACUGGAUGCAAUGUGAGAAUUUACUAUUUUUCAUGUUUUGUUUAUAUUUAGAUUGUCACAAUUGCGGUUCUCACAGAAAAUCACUCGUUUCAUUUUUGCUUACAGUAAUAUUUGUUUUAUGUUUAUACACAGGGCCGGCGGCAAAGGUUGGUACGAUGGGUACUACUACACACCUGAAAUCCUCAAAUUUAAAUUACUCCUGAGUAACCACCUGCAAAUUUGGCCAAAUUAUAAAAAAACUUAAUUCGACCCUCAAAUAUAUCAUGCAAUACAAACUACCACAGAGUGUACUAACUACUAGUUUUGUUUUUAGAACCUCUAAACAACUAUUGUACUAUAAUAGUUAAUAACUAUAGGCUAAAAUCUUUUUGCUGGCCCUGUGUUUACAAGUAGGUAUUGCUAUA